UUUAUCUAUCUCCUAUAAAGUAUUCACAUAAAAUUGUAAUUUACCCCAACCCUAUUCAUAAAACCCUUAAUCAUUUCAAACGAAUCCGUAAAUGAUAACCAGAAGCCAUCCACGUUCACAGAAAUAAUCAACAGAGAUCCAUACACGCCCAUGAUAUUUACCACCAACCCAAAAUUCAUUUGGCUCACAGACACACAAACUGAAAAUAGAACAAAACGAUGCUUUUAUAAAAAAGAUCAUCCAUUUUUACAGUGCCCGACCCUUUCCUAUCAAAACGUGAACUGGAAACAUUGGCAACAACAAAUCAUCCAUAUCUGUGAUCAAAACCCAGACAAUACCGAAAUUUACUGGGUAUGGGAUCCAUACACUAAAUCUGGCAAGUCCUUCCUAUGCGAAUACCUUCUUCUAAAUUACGGAUGGGUCCCAAACACUGGUAACAUUACAGAAUCAAAGGGUAUAUUUGGACAGAUGAUCAACUACACGGGAACGCCCAAGGUGGUAUUCUAUGAUGGACCCAACCCAAACAAACCCGGUAAAUUAUACGCCCACAUACAUGAACUAAGUAACCGUAUCAUUUAAGGUGCCUGCUUUGUAAGAGAUGUAUGCGUAUUUAAACCAUACACUCAUAAUUUCAUCUUUUAAAACUUCCCACCAAAUCCGGUCUAUAAAAACAUUUACAAAAUCCUGAUGAUCGGUCAAAAUCGAAUCAUCAACAUUUAAUGGGAUUCUUCUUACGGUUAUUAUUAUUUUAAACCGAUAAUUCUCACUUAAUUUCAUAUUCAUAAUGAUUAAACGGCUUACAUUAAUAUCGAACAUGAAAUUCCAUGACAAUUAACAGAAUAUGUCUCAUUUCCCUUUUUGGAAUGAACACUAAUAGAUCAUAUCAUAGCAUACCCUAAGUCAUCAUGCCAUCAAAUUCAAAAGAUAAAACAUAUUCAUCUGAAUAUAAGAUUGUUCCACACAAAUCAGAUUUUGAUAUCAAUCAAUUCAUUUUCAUCGGUAAUGACCCCUCCGCCAUAAACAAAAAUUUAAUAUACUGAAUUUUGCCAUAUAGACACUCCUAAAUCGACCCUCUCAAAUAUACACCCAAUACAAAUAACAAAUACCCCACUAUACACGAUAUCACCACAAAAAUAAAUCAUAUCAAAUACAUUCAAUACAAAUGGAACCACUUAGUUUCCAUUUUCGAAUUUAUAAACGAACACUUUGAGCCCAUUCACAUCAAUAUAGAUGAAGCAUUAAACAACAACAUAAAGAAUUCCAUUGAUUUUGAACUGUUUGGACAAAGACGUCAGCUGAAAUCCCCCCAUAACUCAAUAUACCACCUACUAAAAAAAGCCAAAAAAAAACGUCGUCUACGUCUGAUUCCGUAAGAUAUUCAACCCUUCCCGAUUUAGUACUCUGUGCUUAGCGAAAAA